AUGGAGCAGCACGCGGAUGAACGGAGCAGCGCGCGGCUGAGCGAAGCGGUGGAAGUGGAUGAGCCAGGCAACGCGCGCAGUGGAAGUGCACGGAUGAACGAAGCUGUGCGCUUGGAUGGAGGAGCGGAGUCAGUAAAAGUAUCACCUACUCCUGAUCUUCACAUACCAAGGUGGUGUGGCACCCAGCAUGGCCAAGACAGAGCUCUCUAUCUAGAUUUCAUCGAGCAUCGAGGUGGUGAUGUCGGACGAGACUCAAGUAGAGACACUCUACUUGAGAUGGGGCCAAACAUGGUGUUUUACCAUGCUAGGCGUGAGGUCACAUGGGCCUCUACCUUAGCCACACCGGGUGUAAGUUGUGUCACGCUGGAUGUGGGCAAGGUAACUCAACCAUCUUCAAACAAAGUCGAAAGAAAGAUUGUUGAGAAAAACAGGAGAAACCAGAUGAAGAACCUCUAUUCCCAACUCUACUCUCUUCUCCCUAACCAGAAAGUCAUACCGGUGGCUGGUCAAAUAGAUGAAGUUAUUGACUACCUCGGAAGCCUAAAGGCAAGAGUGAACAUGGUGCAGGCGAAAAAAGAAAGGUUAAUGGGAAGGAAGAGAAAUCGUGGUGACUGUUCUAGUGCUUAUGAAGCACAAAGAAGCCUAAAAUCGCCAAAAAUCGAGGUUCAUGAAAUGGGUUCUUUGCUCGCUGUCAUUCUAAUGUGUGGGGUUGAUGACCGGUUUACUUUCUGUGAAAUUAUUCAAAUAUUGCAUGAAGAGAACGUCGAGGUGAUGUCUUUCAACUCUUCAACGGUUGGAGAUUCAGUGUUUCAUGUUGUGCACGGGGAGGUUCGGCAAUCUUUGUGUCAAUUUGGAGCGACCAAAGUGAGUGAGAGGCUGAAAAGGUUUGUAAAAGAAUCCAACAGUGAUGUGGAAAUGGAGUUUGAUCAAUUGUGGGAUUUUGAAAUUGGAACAGCUGAAAUGUGGGGGCUUCCAGAUCCUACAUUAGACAUGUACGAGGGCUUACCACCAAAUCUUAUGCAAAAUAAAGAAGCAGAAAUUGAUGAGUAG